GGGGGGCGCGGGCACGCGCUCGCUGAGGCAGGAGGGGGGAGUCGGGGGAGCGCGCGGCUCUUCUGGGUGGCGCGCGCGCUCGUAUGUAAAUGAGCGGGCGUGAGGUCAGAGGCAGAUGGAAAAGGGAACAGACAGAAUGGCCGCCGCGGCUCCCGCUCCUCCUGCCGCCGCCUCCCAGUGCCGGAGCCCCCGCUGCACGGCGGAGCGUAGAGGAGUCCGCCGCGAACUCGACUCCUGGCGGCACCGGCUCAUGCACUGUGUGGGUUUUGAAAGUAUUUUAGAAGGGCUUUAUGGACCAAGGCUACGAAGAGACCUCAGUUUAUUUGAAGACUGUGAGCCAGAAGAGCUAACUGACUGGUCUAUGGAUGAGAAAUGUUCCUUUUGUAAUUUACACAAAGAAACAGUCAGUGAUCGUGCAUCAGUUAUUGGUUCUUCACAGUCAACGCCUACAGAGGAACUUUCAUCUCAGGGCCAGUCCAACACUGAUAAGAUUGAAUGCCAAGCAGAAAACUAUCUAAAUGCACUCUUUCGAAAGAAAGAUCUUCCUCAGAACUGUGAUCCUAACAUUCCCCUAGUUGCUCAGGAAUUAAUGAAAAAAAUGAUCCGCCAGUUUGCAAUUGAGUACAUUUCAAAAAGUAGCAAAAUUCAAGAGAACAGAAAUGGUUCAUCAUUUGAACCGAGUCUGAUAUGUAAAAGUAUCCAAAUGAACCAAACGGAAAACUCCCUUCAGGAAGAGCAGGAAAGCCCUCUAGACCUCACUGUGAAUCGAACUCAAGAACAGAAUACUCAGCAAGGGGAUGGAGUGUUAGAUCUCUCUACAAAGAAAAGCUCAAGGUUGGAAGAGCCAAAAUACGAUCCCUUGUGUUCUGAAAACUCGGUGUCUGGUUCAAGCUCAACAGCUGAUGCAAAUUCAGAGGAAACUACUAGUUUGGAAAAAGGAAAAUCAGCAUUAAACAAAGUUUUGGAGUCUUUUUGUUCAUAUCACUGGCAACAGACUUUGGCUAUGUUAAAAUUUUUAAUGCAAGAUGAAAGUGUUCCUAUAGUUUGCAGUUGCAAACAAACAUAUUCAGUCCACUCUGAAACUCCCAGUUUCCUUACUGAAGAAGAUGUUCAUGUUUCAUUUUGCAAUUGCAAAGGACAUAUGAUAACAAAAAGUUGCUGUUUACAAAAUCAAAUACCAAACACUUAUUUACCACCUCUGCCUAUUUGUAUUAAAGAUUUCCAUUCUUUGUCAUGCCAAGCUGUAGCGAUUGGAUGUAUUAAGACCAUGGUGAACAAAGCAUGUAGUUCUCAUAAGUAUUGUGCUGAACAGUUGCAAAAUUCUACCAAGCAUUCUGUGAAAGCAAUAGCAUGUGCAUCUUCAGUUAAGGACUGUGAUCUAUUAAACAGCAUUAAAAAUGCAAGUAGAUCUCGCAGCCCAUCACCACCACCACUGUCACCUGUGCAGAAUAAAGAAUUUGAGACAGUGGAAGGAUCAAUUAUGGAUUUUCCAAUUUUAGACAAUAACAAGCCUGAAAUAUCCAUCAACCAGCCUCCAUACCUAUUGCCAGCUGAAGGAAGCAAUGGAGAAUUUGAAUAUGAAAACAAAACAUGUGGAGAAAAAGUGACUGAAUAUUCAGCUGGAACACUGCAGUCAAUAGAUGAAGAAGACAACAAUUACAUGAAUUCUGAGAAAGCUGAGAAAGGUGAACAUUAUGCCAUUUUCCAAGAUUUAAUGGACCGUAUUAAUGAGAAGUUAAAAUCAAUAGACACUACAGACAUAGCAGCAAAUCUUGUAAAAUUUUCUAGCAUUGACAGGGCACCAGAAAGCGAUGUAAAAUUAGGAGACUUUAUAACCUCCCUUUUGCAUAAUGCUAAGGCAAGUGAUUAUAGUUUUAUGGAAUUACUUCGCCAACAUGAUAAGCAAAUGGAAAAUAAAAUAAUCCAAACAAGAUUUCGGAAGCGUCAGGAAACUUUAUUUGCAAUGUACAAUUCUCCUGAUUCACCGUAUAUUCGACGACAGUCUUUGCAAAUCAAGAGGCAGCUUGCAAGCCUUGAUGAAACUCUUGUAAGAAAGAAGUCAAUUUCUGAGAGAAAUGCAAAGAAAUCUGCAAAGAAUUUUGAUAAGAUAUACCCAAACAAAAGGCACAGGUUAACUGUGAUAGAAGAUAAAGAUUUGCAAUGUCUUGAAAGUAAUCCUUGUAUGAAUUGCCAUACCAAACAAGUAUGUUUUCCAGUACACCAAACAGAGUCUUUCAAACUACCUCUUACUAAUUUUCAAACCAGCUCUGACUUUCUAGUUCUUUCAGAAGACAGUGCUUUUGCAGCCAACCAGGCUAAAUCUGCAAAAACUCAAGGAGAUUUUGCAACUCUAAAAGAGACUGAUCAGCUUCCUUUGCAUGGGGAGAGUAACGGAACCCCAGGCAGAACUAAACGCAACAUUGUGCCUCCUGGAUGGUACUCUGUGUACGUAACAAACAACAUUGUAUUCAGAAAAUCAUCUGAUGCAAAGAAGUCGUUAGAAUGUUUGGAAAAAAUGCAAAUAAAUGAAGAUGUUCAUGCUGAAAGAUGCAGUGAUGUAAAUAUAAGCAAAAUUGUGAGAGACACGAAUCUGCAAGUUGUCGUAGAGCGUUUAGAAGAUACAAUUAACUUAGCUAAAAAGUCUAACAGCUCAUGGUUGAAUAGUUACAAAAUAAGCCAAAAAGUAAAAGACAGUGCUUACGAACAGGUUAUGAACCCACUUGCUAAAAGUGACUUCCCUUUCAGUGCAGAUGAAAUGGAAUACACAGGACAAAGCUUCCUUCCACAUUCACGUUUGUCAAACAGCAAUAAAAACAAAACUCUGUGUGUGACAACAAGCAAGCAAGAAAUGGUUAUAGAUCAAGAAAUUAAUGACAGCCUUUUGAAGUCUCUGAGCAUUGAUUCAUCUAAUUCUGCAUCCAGCAAUGAGGCAUUGCGUACAACUUCUGGAGCUAGGGAAAUACCAUCUUUCUUAAGCUACUCAAGUCCUGUUAAGCUUAUGUUUGUCUCAGAGGUUAACAGCAGUGAAGGCAUCAAAUAUACUCUGACAUCUGCAACUACGUCUGCUAAAGGAAGCACAGAUGUUUGUUCGUUUCAGGGGUACACAAGCACUGUGUUAGACAAACAGGCCACAGAAAAUCUUUCUCAUGCAAUCUGUGUCAAUGAUUUUGAAAACAGUGCCAAGGAGGAAUCAAGCUGUGUUUGUGCGGAAGCAAUUACAAGCUCCUGUGCAGUUGGUCAAACUAACUUAAGUGACUCAAAACAAAAUGAAAUUGUGGAUAAAUCAAGCAAUAGUGGUGAAUCUGUUUUAAAAAGAAAGCCUGGUAGACCAAAGAAAAUAGGUCCUCAAGUUGUUAAGCAGGUUAAGAGACCUAUUGGGCGGCCUCCAAAACCAAAAGUAGAUAUAACUGAAAGGAGAGAAUGUAGAGCUGAACUCAACAGUGAUGGUAAAAGUACCAAAUCUGAUGCAUCAGUAAUGGAAGAAGUUAAUAGCAACAAAAAUAUCACUGUGACGGUUGUUUUUGGAAGGUCAAGAAGAACUAAAAGACAUGUUUCUGAAGGUAAUCUAAAUGUAAUCAGUACUCUGCCCAGAGAACAGGUUGACUUCAGUUUUGCCAAUGACCACGGCAAAGGGAGGCAUAGCGCAGAAACUGAAAAUGCUUUGACUGAAAUAGUGAAAGCCUUGCAGAAUUCUUCUACUGAAAAUGAGGUCUCUGGUUAUGACUAUGUUAGACCUAUCAAGAGCAACCUGGCAUCACCACAUCCCUGCAGCAAUAUUAUACGGCCAGUUAAGAAACCGUUAACUGCCAUUCGAAAACCUGGUCGGCCAGCAAAAGUAAAAAUCUCUGGCAUAUCUGUGACUGUUAAUAGAGUUUCACCUCAGGAAAGAAAAGUGAGCAUUAGCAACUGUUUGCCUCCUUUACAACAGCAGAACUUAUUAGAAAAAAGCAUAUCACAGGAGAAAAACAAUCAGCUGUGCAAUAAUAUGAGUCAAGUAAAGAGUGUGCAGAAAGAUUCUAGAGAAGAUGGAUCAAACAGUGUUAUUACAACAGUGUCAAGAAAACGCGAGAUUCCAUUGAGACACUCUGUUAGAGACAGAAAGCCCUCAUUGCAUUUCUUACAUUCAUUAGCAUCCUCUAGUGCAUUUACUUGUAGAAGUGCCUUGCUGCAUAAAUCUUACAAACUCCAUUUGAGAAAAGCUAAAGAUCAAAAGGAAAAAUGCAGGCAAUCAAAUCAGAGCAUAACAUCCACAGAUACCUCAGAAAUGAGAAAUUCAGAAAAUUCAGAAAAGAAUCUUGGGGACAGUGAUUUUGGGCCCAUUAAUGAUGUAUCAUCGGAUCCCAUUUUUUCAUCAAAGCCUUCUCUCAGGUGGUGGGCUACUUCCGCUUCAAGUGACACUUUGAUGGAAGAACUAAAUAAUAGAUUUGAACAGAUAACUAAUACCUGGUUGCGAGUGGGGGGAAAUGAGUUUGAUAAAUGUGUAUGUGAAAGCAGGGAUCCCACUGAACAAGACUGUAACAGUGAAAUGUCAAACCCUUUAGACUCCUGCCUUGUAGAAAUUGAAACAUCACCUAUAAAAAUGCUGUUUCAGAAAAAGUGUAACAUGAAUGAACUCUGCACCUGGUUUAUGCAAACUACAGAAACGCAGUCUCUCUCACUAGUGAGAAAGGCAAAUGCUCGCAAUCCUUUAGAAGUAGUUAGUACUAGAGAGAUAAAGAUGGAAACUAAGCAAUCUGAUCUUAGUACUUGCCUUUUCAGAAAGCACUUUAAAAAGUUUGCACUAUCCUCUCCUUCAAAACCCGCAGGGAAAUUACAGAUAUUACAUAAUAUGGUGAGGUCUCCAGUCUUAAGCAUGAAAAGUAAUUUCGCAUUAGCCAGAUUAAAAAGAAAUGAAUUUAAAAAGUUACAGCAUGAUAGGUGGGGACAACCAAAAAAAAAGCUGUAUAGUCAGGCUCCUGGAGGCUGGAAAUCAAAAAAGAAAAAUUUACAGUUUUUUUGCCAAAGCCAGUUGUUUAAAAGUACAAGUGAGGAAAGCAGUGAUGGAAUGCCUGUGCUCCAGGAAAAAAAUACAGUAGAAAUCCAGCCCACUCAAACUUUGGUAGAAUCUCAGAGUAGCCUCUUGCCAACUGAGAAUGAAGCCAGAGAUGCAUUUGUUCAACAGAUGAUGGGAUCUUCUGAUUUUAACCCACAUCCCGGUUUAGCAAAUAUACUUAAGUCACAUGCAGAGACAAAUGGAACAAUUUGUUGCCAACAAAAUGUUAGAAAAGGACAAAGCCAAGAUAAACUGUUUCCAAAUACAUGGAAAGCCAAAACCUUUAAAGAUUGUAGAAUAUUUCUGAGGAAAAUCAACCAUAUUGAGCAGCACAAUUCAUUUAAAUUAAAUAAUGUCAUUUAUUCUCCUGAAGCUGUUGAAAGUAAAAGCCAUCAGGCCUAUUUGGAAGAAAAAAGACACCCUCUUUUGAGGUCCCAUUCUACUAAGCAAAACACAUUAAAGAAACAAGAGAAUGAAAUGGAAACACCUAAAGGAUCUAAUUCUUCUAAAGUGACUGAAAGACUGGAUGACCAGUUUCACAGCAGAGAAUUAAGUAGUGGUGUAAACCAUGAUGAUAAUCCUGCUGGUAGUUCUGAAGUUCUUAUCAGAAUAAACAAAAGAAAAAGUCCACAAUGGGAGACCACUGAUACAAAUGUAAGAAAAAGGCAUAAGAGACAAUCAUACAAUAGUGGACAAAUGGCAGCUUAUUACCCAAAGUGCCAAGUAGGUAAGUUCCUGUUCCCCCCCUCACCUUAAAUUGCAAUCUUAAAUAAUUAGAGAGGUCGAGCAACUAAGCACUUUGGAUUUUUUUUAGUGAUAUUCAUAUUAAUUUCAGAGCAGUAAUGAAAUUAAACCUAACAGAAUAAUUCGGAAAUGCAAAUUCAAUAUAUAUAAAAUAUUUUAUUUUACGCUAAUUUUUCAGUUGUAAUUGGUUUGUUACAUUCUUUUAUGGCUAUAGCGUGGCAAGGUGAAAGGAAAAAAGCUAAGUAAUACAGUCCAGAGAGACAGCAAAUCAGUUCUGACAUAUUGAAGUUGGUGGCAGCUGGUUAUUAAUUUCAACAUGAAGAAUUUCAUUCCACUGUACAGCUUCUCAUAUUCUGAGGAAGGGUAAAUUAUAAAAUGAAACAGAAAUUCAGUUUAUUAACCAACAGAGCUGUUUGAAAACAAAACUUUUUUUUUUGUCGCUUAUGUAUUUCUAAUGUAAAUCUGUAAUGGUUUUGUAAUUAAGUGGUAAAAAAUAGCACUACGUACUUCUGAGAAGUAUUCAUUCAGAGAUCCGUUUUAGUAUCCAUUCAAUGCCAAAUGAAAUAUGCUGACUCUAAAGGGUUUGUGCAUUGAAUCCUUACAGAACGAUUGGAAAUACAAAAUUAUUCUAGUUGAGUACAGUAUACAGUUAUCAAGCUGAAUGCAUUUGUUUGGAAUGCUUUGAGGCUAGUGUGAAUUCAAUCUAUUUUUAAAACUAGAUAUUUAUAAUACAUUGUUAUACAACUGUGAUCUCAGAAAGGCUGGUAUAUGCUUACAAAGAGGAUACACUUGUGAAAUUAUUUCUUCUGUGAUAUGAAGAAAUCUCCUUAACCAGAAGUCUCAUCUAAUUUCAAUAAAAUAACUAAGAUGUUAGGUAUCCACAUAAGCAGAAAAAGAGUUCUGCGGAAGGAAUUCAGUUACUGCAGAAAUACUUGUUUUCAGAAACAACCCUGUAUAAGCUAAUCUGACUUUAUUGCCCAAAGAAUAAAGAUAAAAUUUGAAACAUUAGAGCAAAAUCUUAUGUCCCCCUUUGUAUUCUAUUUUGUAGAAAACUAUAUCCCCGAUAAUAAACUGAGGCAUUAAUUUAAGUUGUAAUAUAAACAGUAUUAUGGCUCUUUGUAUACUUUGUUUCUUUUGUACUUUAUGUAAUAUACAAUUCUUCAUAUUAAGCUCAUUUGGUGUAAUCAUACAGUGCUUUUCUGAGGUACGGAGUUUUUUACAUUUAUACUAUUAUUUUUAACUCGCUGAUUUGGGGCCAAAUAAUAUAAAAAAAACCACAACUUGUUUUUAAGUUCAAAGUUUGACACAAGGUUGCUAUAGAAAAAGCUAGGACUAGAAAAGGAAAGAGUAGCAUCUAUUUGUUUCUUUUUACCAAUGAAGAAAGAGCUCUCUCUUCUUUUUAUUUUGUAAUUUUGACUGUAGACAAGAAAAUUUUGCAUUCAAUUUAUAUUUAUAUUUAAUUUUUUUCUUGCCAUAGCAAUGUAAGACCUGUUACUGUGAUAUGGUCUCAUGUUAGUUUUAAUUGGGACUCUAUUUUAUUUACCUGAUAACUUUCCUCUCAUAGUUUUGGAUCUUUGGAAAUAUCUGAUAACUCUUUUACAUUACUUCAUUUACAAUUUUUGUUUAUUUUCCCUCUUACUCAUAGUUAAUCAUAUCAAUUGUUGUCUUUAGAAUGGAUAUAACAGAAAGUUCCUUGAUAAAGGAAGUGUUAAAAGAGAAAAAAAUUACAAUUCUGGAGCUUUCUCCAUGCUUGUAAAUGUCUUUUUUCAGGGUGCUGUUUUGGUAUAGAAAUUGUCUUGUUUUGGCAUGUUGAUUCAACAUUGUGUACUGUCUGCACCAGUUAAGGAAAUCAUAAAAAUAUUUUUAGUCUAGCAUGUAGCUACUGGCUAAAAAGAAGGAACAUGAUUUCUAGCUGUGCAUGCAUGCAUUUUCAAACGUAGUUCUUGCAUCUGAAGUUUAAUGCACACGAAAGCAUCAUUACUUGUUCAUAUGUUCUUUGGAUUGUAUUUUUGUUGAUGUGGUGUCAUAAUUUAUAUCAUCAUUCUUUUGCCGUGCUUGAAAUGUUCUUAUGGUGACGCAGUCAAUAUUUAAAGUUUUUCUUCAAGUUUUUCCAAUCUUGGUGUAUUCUUAAAAGAUGGAGGUAUUGUGAUGCUGGUUUAUUAUGAAGCAUUGUGGCAAAUAGGCAGAAUGUUGUCAGAUCUUGUGUAUAGUCAAUUUUUGUUAAAGCAUACUAGUGGGAUUGUCAAUUGAGUUUUUACGGUUCGAGGUAGUACCAAGAAACAAGAACUAGCCAUGCAGUCAAUUGAGCAAGAGGAGAGAAUGAAUCAUCUUUUGGUUUUUUUUACACUACCUGUUUUAUUCAAAGUGAGGUUUAAUGAGUAAUAAACAACUCAAUUUCUCAACUGUUGCUUCAACAAUGCAUUUAUGUGUCAAGGGCAAUUCCUUUUGCUGUUGAUGUAUGUUGUGAUCAUUUAAAUUACCUUUUGUAAGAACACUGAAACGUGUUUGCCACCACAACAGUAAAUUGGGUUAAAAAUCGUUUAGGAGAGCAUUUAUGUUUCUUUCCAUGAGGAUGGUUCAGACCACACUCAUGUGCUUUGAAGUCCGCCAAGCUUAAUCGUAAAAGCUGCAGUAGAGCCAAGCUAAAGUGAGAGAAACUAUUAUUGUUCAAUAAAAUGGAAUAAACGACUAUAAGAAUAUAGUUAAUAUAUUUUUAAAUAUUUGUGGAUUUAUCAGAGCUAAAAAGGAGAUCAUAGACCUCCUGCAGUAGUGGGCAGUACUGCAUGCUGCGAUGACAUGACAUACCUGUCCUCUUAGCCUUUGUAUCGGGCUGGGAUCUCACACAGAAGAGCUUUUAAAAGUGUGUUCUGAUAAUAAUUUCACUUUUCUGCUAAUAGUCUGGAGUUUCAGAGAAAAAUUUAAUGUAUUUCGUUGGCAGGGAAUAUAAAUUUUCUAUUUUAAUUUUUCAUUAUAUUUGAAUGAUGUUUUAAUAUUCCUUAUUGAGAUCAAGUUAGCAUGACACUUAAAAUGAGGAUUUGCUAAUCUUUGUAGUCAUUUCAAAGUUGACUUCAGGAGUCAUGAAUCACACUGAAACCUGGACUUCUUUUAUGAGUUUAAUUGUUCUCUUGAUUGUUUGUGAAAGAUAACCUCUGUAUUAUUAUGACAACAAACAAAAUUUUCCACAAACUUCCCUUGACAGACUUUUUUUUUUUUCAAAUUGGAAGGCAAUGCUGUGUGAACCUUUUAUACACAUGAGUAUUAGUGUGGCAUUAAUAUUCCAGUAUUGUUGCUUAUUUGACUUACAGUGGUCCAGUCCAACAGAGGAGGCUAUGCAAUGUGAAUAACUUCUACUGCUGUAGAGGAUAUUGCAAUAACCUAGAGAGAAAACCAAGGUUUUUAGGAAGUCUUCCCUGCUAUCUUUCACAAAGGAGAAUGCUCUAUGUUCCUAAUACAAAACAAAUGUAAAAUAUUAGAUGAGGUAAAGUGCAAGAGACAAACCAAAGCAAUCAUUAAAUCUGCUGAUUUCAAGAAACACUUUUUAACAGCCGUAUCUUAGCUCUUUUCUCAAAGAUACAAAGAUACUUCUUCUAAGAAGUACUUAGCUUCAGGAUGGUUCAGUAUGGUGCAGAUGAAAAUUUUCAUAACUGCAAUUCCAAGACAGUAAGUGUCUUUUUCACACAGACAUGAAACAAAGUAAGAAAAUUGAUUGAAAGCAUAGCAAAAGUAGUGGAAAGAAUGACUACUCUCAUUAAGUGGACCAUUUUUAAUGCAGAAGUAUUAAAGCAGAAGUGCAGACUUGAUUUAUAAUUGACUACAAGUGUGUAAUAAAUCCUGCCUCAUUUAUUUGACUUGAUGAUCUCUGCCUCAUCCUCCUGAACACCGUAGUGGUGGCUCUAAUACCGUGGUCUGAUGCUUCAGCUUCUUUUACAGCACGCAUCUCCAUAAGCCACGAGCAGUACUGUAGUCCUUCCUUCUCUUGGCUUUCUCUCCCAUUAUGUGACCUAGUGAAGAGAACCACUUACAAGUUGAGAGGUGUGUAAGUGUUGGGUGCUGUCUUAAGUUGUGAUCGUUUACGUACCACCUUGGGAUAUGCUGUCUGUCAUGCUUUUUUGAAGGUUCUGAGCUUAUUUGAAUGGAAAACCUAUUUCAAAGAGCACAACUCAAGUCUUGCAUUUCCUUCACAUGGCAGGAAAUUUCAGUAGUUUAGUGUUGUGUUCACUAUGCUUUUAUGUAGGAUCUGUAUACCCAGUUUUACAAAGAUUUUUUUUCUUUUCAUUUCAUUCAGUAUUUUUAAUCAUAUCGCUUUAAUUCUAUUUCCUCCAUAACUGAGAACCUCAUGCUUUCUGAUUUGUUCUCAAUACAGAAUAAAGUGAUAGAUUUUUAGCUUUGUGUAGGGAAUUAAUAACACCAUCUAAAUGUGUCCCUAUGUUUUUGCAUAAUCCAUUCUCAGGAAAAAAAAUUAGUAGUUUUCCUAGCAAUUUUGAAGAUAUGGUGAGUACUCAGUGGUCUUUACACUCAAAAAAGCUAUGUUCUAGAUUUAGAAAGCAAGGGAAAGACUUAUGGGCUGAUAAGACUGAGCUAUUCUUUGCAUGUAUUCUUGGAUAGAUUUUCCCUCCUCUUUCACCCAAUCAACAGACUCUCCUUGAGUGAUCAGAAUCCUUCAGAUUUUCAGGCCAAAUAUACUUCUGCAUUAAUUGCCAGUUCACCCUUUAAAAAGUACUUUUAUUUUUUGCUUAUUUUGCUAUAACUGCAGAACUGUGCUUUACAAACUUUGUUUAAACAAAAAUUGGGAGUAAUAGAAGUUAUUCUGUGUUUUUUUUAAUGUUUCAUUAGCAGUACUCUAAGCACUGUUUGCAGUGCUGUGUAGAGUUGUGAAGAAUUCUAUGAACUUAUCUGAAAUUUUGUUUCAAUUUAGGUAAACAACACUUAGAUGCUAUUAGAAAUUACAUUUCUGUUUUUUUCAUGUUCUUAAUUGAAUUUAUUCUGCAACCCGGUAGCAAUUUAACACAAAUAAAUUCAGGGCGUAUUUUAAGGACAGCAUUUUCUUUAAGGCAUCAGCUCUUAUUUCCAAGCUGUAUGUUUGUGAAUGCCAAAACAGUUUUGCGAGAGCUGCAGAAUUACCAGUCCAAUUUCAUCCUAUUUUUUAACUGCUUAUUUUUCAUUGUGUACUUUAGCUGUUCUCUAAUUUAUCUCUUAUACCUGAUAGAUUUAUAAUAUAUAUCAGCAGGAGUUCAGUCAGCCUUCGUCAUAGAUUUCUUCAAAUCCAAGCAUGGAAAAUCUUCUCUGAGUAGUCAUGACUACUUGUUAAUCCACCUUUUCUUAAGAGGAGGUAAUUUUAUUUUUUUUUCCUGCAGAAGAAAGAUACAUGUCUUUUCCAAAGCAGGCCUAUACGCAGGCUUUGUCUUCCUACUUCUAUGCUUUUGGCCACUGGAUGCCUCGGAAUUCUAGAACUCUUUCUGUUUGUACUCCUGUGGAAUAGGUCUAGCGAUUUAUGUCUCUCUUUACAUUUUUUCUUAACUGCACAAAGGGGGCCUUUUUCUGAUGAUUUCUUACACAUUGUAGACAUGUGUCACAUUCUCGAUUGUUCUUCAGUGUUCUCUGGCAUAAUGGUAUCUGUUGCUCUAUUAAGUAUAAAUCUGUAUCUAUUAAGAAAUUCAUGUUUACUGGGAUCUAAGUUUCUUUUCUGUAUUCUGUUGUUUUUCUUGUCUGCCUGGCGGGUUUCACUUUCUUCUUUCAGUAGUCAAACUUGACUUCUGUCUGCAUUCAUCUUUAUCUGUUCUUUACCAAAAAACAAAAUGCAGACAUACCUUUCACAAACGUUUCUUUCAGUGGCUUUGCCAGCUCACCCCUCUCCAUCCUCUUAUUUCACGCUCCUUUCAGUCAUACGGGUGAAAACCGGUGCUUUUGCCUUUUAUCAUGGUGUAUCUGUAAGAGGGACAAGAAGCCUGAUUUGGUUAUUGCUUUUUCUUCAGUGAUGACCAAGGUUAGGCUUGUCCAUAGAAACUGUCUUAGUGUAACACUUCACAUAAAAUCUUUUCAAGGACAUAAGCCUAUUCAUUUCUACUUAGUUUUGAAGAUCUUAGAUAAGCUGUGUAUUUUUAAGCCAUUAGUGUGUAACACGAUUACAUUCUUCACGUUUUUCCAAGCAGUUCUUAGGUAAGUACUCUUUCUGUUUUUACUUUGUAGCUCAAGGUGGAGUAUUUCUAAACAGUGGUCCUGCUGGGAUUUACACUUAAAGUUCCACAUUUCUUGUUGGAAUACUCUCAUGUGUAAAGACUUAGGAACACUUAGGGAAGUCAGUCUUUUAGGAUGGACAUUCUCACAGGUUUCUCACUAUCAUGUAAUUGAGAGAUUAUAUUUGGCAUUUUACUGAUACAGGCUUGCCCUCGAGCUUGGAUGUUUUCAACCAUUAAAAUCUAGAUUAUUUUCUUAAAAUAAUGGAUUAUUUUCCUGUAUAUGAUAUAUAAGCCUAGCAGAAAAAUUCGAUGAGAUGAAAUACAGUAUGACGUCUUUCUUACUCGAAAAUCAAAAGUAGUCUGAUACUCACUUAAGUGGUGCUUUUUCCCAAAUUUUGGGAAAAACAUGUACUUACAGUUAGAAUUCAGCGUUCUUAAUGACUAUAUUGAUUGUUACUGCAAAGUACACAGUAACAGUCACGUGUUUUUUAAAUGUAAGAAGCUUAUUUACAAAGUGAACUAAGAGGUAAGAGCUAUAGGAAAGGCGUCCGUCGUUAAAAUUAGGGUGGAGUUGGUUACCUGUGUUUCCAGUUACAGAUAUUUGUUUCUCUGGUAUCUUUGUUCUUGAGUGCAUGUCCAUCAGCUCGCUAUACACAGCUGUUUUAAAAUUAUAUUUAAAUAAUAGAAAUCUCAGAAAAGGAAAUUACUAAUUUGCAAAUUGUUGUCUGACCUUCCUUAAUUCAGAAGCCUGGUGCCUUGUAAGUCGCACAGGGACUGUCUCAUGUUUCUGAGAUGAUCUCCCUCCAUAACAUAACUGCGCUUGUAAUGCCAAAAAAUAUUUUGAAUUAAAGGUUGGAGAUUAAUCCAAUUCAAAUAACAAAUAUACAUAGUUGUAUUCGCUGUAGUUUGGAGGUGGUGGUGCUCUGUUUCUGUGGACAUCAGCAGCCUGAACCAACAUCCUCAGUUGUGAACGUCCAACCCCAAGCCCCAACAUCCAACCUUGCACAAAUGCAUUUUCAGUAUGAAUAAGUACAGUUAAAAUAGCAAACGUAUGCUAUAACGUGUUUCUAAAGAAAACUGCACAACAGUUUGGGUUUUUUUAUUAUUAUUUUUUUGCUGUUCUGUUUUGUUUAAAUUGAUUUGUAUGCUGCUAGCUUCCAUUAGUGCAUAGAAAUUGUUUUCUUUUGUGGAACAGAGGCCAACUUGUUUCACAGCAGUGCCUAAAUAGAUACUAAAAAUUAAUGGUGUUCCUCAUGAAAUGAGUGAUGCUUCCUUCCAGCUGUUCGGUUAUUAGCUAGUUUUGCUUCCAAGGUUUUUCAAUGACAGUAUGCUAUGAAAGAUUAGAGACAGGACUAUUUUUUCUUUAAAAAGAUUUAAUAGUAACACUAAUAAAAUAUGCUCGAAAAUUGUAUCGCUUCUUCAUACCAUUUUGGUGACACUUUACCCUAAUAUUUCGCUUUCUUUAAGAAUUCUGUGCUCUGUGCCAGAUAAUGUGUAUCGCCACAAAGCAUGGUGGUUCUUCUAAACAAAAACCUUAAAAACCACGAUACUAGAUAGUCAAGCUGCUUUAAAGCAACUCUUAGUUAUUUUUCUCAUGUAUCUCAUAUGUAUUUACUUUGUGUUUUCUUUGAUUUUAUGCACCCAUCCUGAUUCUGACUUCUCACACUGUAUUUUGGCCUCAGUUCACUUCCAGUCUCACUUAUAUUUUGUUUACUGUUUUAUUUUUCUUAGUGUUCCAGCUGUGUUAAAUACAACACACAUCUCAUUUUUAGAUCACUCCCUUCAUGUUGGCUGUCUCCCCAACCUCCUGUGAUCUAGUUGGGGGUGCCAUCUGUUUUCAGGGCACUUCUCUCUCAUGCGCUAGCAAACACAAUUCCAUUCAUUCACUUGAAAAAUAUUUAUUUCUUAUUACAAUGGGAACCCAUCUGAUAAAUGGAAAUGAGGCAUAAAGAACUUUCUGAGUACAUUUCUUUGAUGUUGCGUUUUGGCAUUGUGCAAAGACAAGUUCAGAUUUCAGAGACAAUAAAUCUGACAGUGCGUGCUUGAUUUGCCUUUGUUUCAGUGUAUGUAGCGUUAGCGAAUCAGCCUCUGCUUGAAUGCCUGUCGAGGCACUGUAGUCACUGUGCAUUUAAGCUAUUCUACUGCUUCAUUUUCUGGGAAAUCAUGGAGUGGUUUGUACAUGUAUAACUUAACAGAAAGUAUUUUCUAUUUCCACUCCAUUUUUUGAAUGCUCUGGCUAAAAGUCUCAUUGCUUUGUAUCAAAUGCAAUGUAUCAAGAAUGCUUGUAUGCUUUCUAAGGUAUAAAUUUGGACAUCAUUAAUAGUUGUUUUCUUUAACAAGUCUGGUUUGCAGAACUUGUGUCAGGUAGGAGAAUUCAAAAACAGACUGACAGCUCUCAGCCAAUCAAGGAGAUACACUGUGCUACGAAACCAGUAUUGCUAAUGAUUAGAGAAGCAUAACCCUGCAGCAACACUUGCACAGACAUUUUACAGCGUACAGAUGCACAACAUCUGAUGGUAAUCUCUGUCAGUUAGUGCUGAGAAGUCUCCUAACAGAUAGCAAUUAUCCUUAUGCCUACUUUUUCUGUGUGGCCUUCACAUACAGUAGGCAGAGGUUAACUGUACAAAUGCAUGCACUUCAGCUAUCCAGACUAUUUUAACUUUGUCGUUUUCAUACAAUAGGUGUCAUUUUCCUCUGGUUUUCUUCAGGAAUGCAGUUUUAAACUGCAAAGAGAAUAAAGAGCUCAAAGAAUAUUAUUCUCUUUUGUGCUUGGCAGCCUAUCAUCUUAAACAGAAUCGGUCUGAAGUGCCAGCAGUAAGAAUCAGUAUUACUGAAACUGGAUGAUUGGGUAAAACUGAAGUAACAAAAGAAAACUUCGGAAAGAAAUACUUAUAUAUUUAAUGGAAACAUAAAUUGAAAGACCUUUCUAUUUAAUUCCUUUUUCCUUAACAAUAGGUGGGAAAUGUAGUGGGGAGAGAGUCCUUGUAGGUCCUGGCAGGCCUGGAUACUUGGCCACAUAUAGGCUUUUCUGCAUAGAGAUGGCUGAGUAGACAGAACUUCAGAAUCCAGCAGCAUUAAUUUAAAUUGUCUUCUUUGAUUUGUUAGAAUAGCAAAGGCACUUGCUCUUGUCCCAGCAGAUCUGAAAAAGGGAAUUGAGAGGUGAUUAGUAAAGGCAACUUGGGAAUUGUUACAAUUCAUAAAAUAAAAAUCCUGUGGUAUCCUCAGUGACAGCUUCCUAGAACCACUUGCUUCAUGUAGCACUGCUGCCAAAGAAAGCCAAUGGGUCGUGAGGCAUCCCCACCCUUCAGUGACGAGGCAGAGCGCUCUGUAGUGACACGCAGCACCCAGCUGCUCCUUCUGCUCCUUCCCCACUGCUUCACAUGCACUCACUUCCUAUACUCAGAGUUAGAAAACUUGAGACUGCAUGUGUGCCUCGCAGAGUGGUGCUGCAGCGCUCCAUGUGAAGAAGCACCUGUAUCCGACCUCCAAAACUUGCGUGCAUGGAAGCUGAGCGACUGAGUCAUUCUCAUGUGGACUAAAAGAAAAUAGAUGAUAAUUGCUGUAAUAGAAAACAGAUGGCUGCAGAAUUGGGAAACUUUAACCUUUUCAGAGACUGACAUUUAAGAUCAGUAAAAUGUCUGUUUUUGUCAAGGCAUUUCACCUAAUGAAGUUAAAAGGAGCUCCAUUCUCCACCCAGUGCACGCCUUCGAAGUGGAGGACACCAAAAGGAUAUAGAGAGGAGAUAAUGACCUACAACCCAAUUCCAAGCUCUACCAAAAUAGGCUUUGUAGCUUCUGGUAGCAUCAGACUGUAUCCCACAGUUCUUUCUAGCAUAAGCAUCACUGUACAAAGCAUCUUUCUGACUAGAAAUGUGUUAUACACACUAACCUUUCAUAAGCAGAACAGGAUAAAAUUUAGAGUAGAAUAUACUGAUGGAUCUGAAUGGAGAAAUCCAACUGCUUCUAUUUAAUUUUUAAAUUUAAUUCCAGUAUCUACUUAGAAAUGCUAUUGAAAUACACAAUUGUCACACCUCCUAUUACAUCAACAGCUAGAAAAUAAAUCACUACAGGUAAAAGAACCAAAAGUGGGAUGAAAGACUAGAUUCACAUUGCUUAGAAAAUAUAUUAAUGCAGCUCUCUAACUUUAUUCUUUCCUUGCUUAUAUUAAGGUCCAACUCCUGGCUCCACACAAGACCACCUAAAAAUCAAACCAUACUUCUGAUAGCACUGUCCAAAUGCUCCUCAGAGACCAGCACCUUGGGGCCCACUGCUCUGGGCUGAAUGAACCAAGGGAGUUCAGACACUGCUCGUACAUCUCGCCAUCUAGACCCUUCCCUGUUUUUGUAGUCCUCCUUUGGACACCCUGACAGUUCUAUAUCCUUGUAUUGUAGCACCCAAACGUGCAGCCAGUGCUCCAUGUGAGGCAACCCAGCACAGAGCAGAGGACAAUCCCUUCCCUCUCUUGACUGGCAGUGCUGGGCCUGAUGCCCAGGGCAUGGUUGCCCUUUUGUCUGCCAGGGCACACUGCUGGCUUAGACUCCACUUGCUGUCAUCCAGAAGCCCCAAGUCUCUUCCCAGCCUCUCAUUUCCCAGUCAGUAGAGGAUUGCCCCACAGCAGGUACAGAUUCUACCACUUGCUAUUGUUGAACUUCAUGCACUUGGUGAUUGCCCGGCCCUUGAGUUUGCAAAUUCUAGACUCCCACAGCAUUUAUGUUUUUUUCAGCUAACCAGGACAAAACAAACAAAACCAAAAACUCCUGCGCUAUCACUUCAAUUACUGUUGAGUAUUUCCGUUGGUUGCUCCCAGAUCAAGUUUCAAUACCAGGCCACGCCUGGAAGGCAGCAAUACUUCAGAAGUCAGCCCUACUUCCUUCUCAUACGUUCUUAAUCCUGAGGCUUUGAUUUUCCUCACAGCGAGAGGGCAAAGUCUCAAAUCUGAAGAGGCUGUAAAUGCAAAAAUUUAACCCUACUGACUGAUGUCUUUCUCUGUCGCUUCCACAGAGCACUGCGUGCUCUGUUUCCAAUGGGAAAGAAUUGAUCAGAGUAACAAAAGCACGUGCAAACCUGAAGCGCCAUGAAGGAAAAAGGUGCAAAGGCAAAAACAAUACAAAGGAUCGCUCUGAAGAGUAAGGACAAACAAAAUACUGGCUGGGGGGCAGUACCCCAUUUACAGAGGGUUAGGAAUAAGGAUUAGUAAAUUAGAAGUGUUAUGCACCUUCUUUGCAUUAUUACAAAGGCACAAAACUUUCCAGAGAGCUUGCAUAAAAACGUAAAGCAUGAAAAUUGUGUUUCAAGUGAUCUGUGAAAAAUAUUAAAUUGCCACUUCAGCUGUUAAACAAGCUGUAAUUCCCUCUUGCCAUCAAGAGAAAAAGUUUAAUGUGAAUCAGCCAAUAGUACUUAAGUAAUGCAAACCAGUACAUCUCAGGGUAAAGUCUUACAACUACUUGGCAUCCUCCUACUGUUCACCCAUGUUAUAAGCAGUUUUGCUUAGGUCUUCACAUAUGCAACAAAGUUAAUUGUAUGGUUACAUAAUCAGGAGCUAGAACUGCAGUGAGCACUACAUGCUGCAGCGCAGUCAGUCCUUGAUAAUCUGCACUUAAGCUCUGCGAUAGACCUGGCUUCCUGAAAUGCAGAAGGUGGGGCGUUCUGCUGCUUAAAGAUUCCUUUAAAAGGAGCAAGAGGGUGCAGGUACUUUACUGCAUGAUUGUUAGCUCCUAACCUUCAUUACAGUACAUUGAAUUUCAUGUUUGCUAUCUCAAUAAUUAGGAAUAUUUCCCACUUUUUGCCAGUCUUGCACUUCGAGAAGGAUGGUGAUGAACACUGUUGCACGUGGGACAAAGAUCUCUGCAGUGAAAUAGAGUAGGGAUGGAGAGGUUUGAAAUUCAUUCCUUGAGGAUUUUUUGAGGUUUUGAUUUGAUUUCGUUGUUUUUCUUUCAUUAAGUGGCAGGACAGUAUUCCAAACUCUGCCUUUUUCUUUCCUCACCUGAGCAUGAACCACUACAGUGCUUUAUAUGGCAACAUGGUUCAAUCCACAUUUACGUCCUGGUUUGCUUAGUGAUCCCCACAGAGAACCGGGUUUCUUUUCCUUCCCCUGUUACUUACUGUCCUAGAUUUGUCUCUAUAUUAGUCUUUUUAUGGCUGUACAAAAUAAUGUCAUUAAAGACAAAAUAAUUUCUGCCCAUUUCCUGUUCUGUGGUUUUACAGUGGAUUUGGAUUAAGGAAGGCCAGGCUGCAGACUGCUGCUCCUGUGCAAAGGAAUGUUGGUGGCAGGAGUCUCACCUAGCACAGUCUCUGCAAACGAACAAAAUCAGCUGCUCCUACACAAACAAGCCCCAUCCAGCUUUGCAGCAUGGAGAGCCUAGCACAGUUACGUUCUGGUCUGCUGGUUCUGGUCUGUUUCUGGAACAUACUGCAAUAAAACAAAAAAUCAUAAACCAGUACAGGCAGCCUGCCACCACCUCGCCUUUAUCAGUUUGCUUGUUUGCAGGGCAAAGAGGAAAGCAUACUAAACUUUCUCUCAUUUCUUUCUCCCCUCUCCGACCCCCACUUCUUUCC